AUCUUGCGUAUCUCUCUACUUGCUCCAACGUAAAGAUUCAUCUUCUUUUAAGAGAUUACACCUUAUCCAACUAAAAGAGAAGCCAUUUUUACUCUGUUUUUCUUUUGGGUCUCUUGAGUUUUGUAUUGAGCUUCAUCUUAUUCAAUGGCUUCUUUAUCAACCACUUCUCUAAGCUUCAAAGCUCCGUCUACCAGAAUUUCUCAGGAGUUGAGGAAAGGCAUAAGUUUCCAGUCUAUCUCCUUCGGUCGCUUCACGUCUUCAAAGAGCCUUCGUCUUCAAAUCAGUUGCGCUGCGAAAGCAGAGACUGUGCAGAAAGUGAGUGACAUUGUAAAGGAACAAUUGGCUUUGACCGCGGACACUCCCCUCACUGCCGAAUCCAAGUUCUCUGCUCUUGGUGCUGACUCUCUCGACACCGUGGAGAUAGUGAUGGCAUUGGAGGAAAAGUUUAACAUAAGUGUGGAGGAAUCUGAUGCUCAAAACAUUACGACGAUCCAAGAGGCAGCUGAUUUGAUAGAAGACCUUGUUCAGAAGAAACCCGCGGCGGAAACUUCCUGAACUCUCCCGGUUUAACAAAAACCGGUAACAUCGAACCGGCUAUCUUUUUUUAUUUAUCAGUCUGACCUUAUUCUUGGUCUGAGAGCGUUUCAUUUUGGUAUAUUAGACCCUUUGUUACUUUUUUUCUUUUCUUUUGGACGCUAAGAUUGGAUUUGGAUGUUUGAUGAUGAGACAACUUUUGUAAGUUGAGAUUUGAUUCUUUGUGGUGAUUGGUCUUUUAUGGCGAAUAUAUAAAUGUGUGUUUGUGUCA